AUGGAAGCAGCGGAGAAAACUCUCACUUACCGAGAUGGCCCCGGACCUGACAAGCUUAUUAAGGGGGGCACCGGGGGACAUGUCCAGACAAAGAGCGAGUCCAACUACGUGGAUCUGGACAUGAGACCGGAUGGAAACAAGACCGUGAAAGUGACGUUCACCGGCGAAGGGAGCCAGCUGUCUGUCAAGAGCGACGGCUCCAAGCAGGGAGAGCCCAGUCCUGCCCCGGAGGAGCUGCCCUCGGGGGACUCUUUGGACAUGGCCGGUGGCGUCGCCGAGGAGCAGGACUCCGGGGACGGGGUUCGGAGCGAGUUAAGCGAAGAGGACGAGCUCCAGUACACGGACAUGUACCUAAACAGCCGAACCGAGUCCGACGACGGCACCAGCGAGGCGGCGCUCUCCGACCACAGCGGCACCGACACGCUGAAGGACGAGUCUCACUACAUCACCACGCACGAGAUUCAGCUGACGGAACUCGACCACGAAGUGGACUACGACCUGGGCCGGGGCGCCAGCUGGGAUUUCGAGGACGACAACUUGGUUUACUCCUUUGUGGAUUACGCCUCGUUUGAAAGCGACGACACCCGGACCGGGACUUUGAUCCUGGAGGGAAAAGUGGGCUCCAAACUUGGCGUGAGUACCGAGCAGGACGACAGCGAUCUGUGCGACUCGGAUAAAUGUGCCAGCUCGGACGAAAGCUUGUGUAAAGACCACAUGAUCGGGGAUGCCGGUUUGGGGGAAAUCCACCUAUCCGUUAAACCGUCCGAAGAGGAGCCUGCGGGUGUUGUGGACGAAGGCGCUAAACACUUCUCUUUUGUGAGACCCGGACCCUUAGGAGAUAACAAAGCAACAUUUUUCAUCCCAGCUCCGGGCCGCCAACACAUUGCAACCAAACUACGACGGAAAGACAUUAACGAGUAUUCCAGCGGCGCCUCCAGCUCCAUCAGCGAGCUCGAUGACGCCGAUAAAGAAGUGCGUAAUUUAACCGCCAGGUCUUUCCGGAGCUUGGCGUGCCCCUACUUUGAUACCAUUAACUUGAGCACCUCCAGCGAGUCGUCGUCCAUGUCGGAGUACAGUCUAAACAAGUGGUCCGCCUACGUGGAUUGGAAUUACGGACAAAUGCCCAGAGGGGCAGAGCGCAGCGUUAUUGCGCACAAGACCUCCAGCGCCACACUGGAAAUGAACCGGACAUUGGAGAAAGCAGCACUAGCUGCUAAGAGGCUAUCUGUGGGUCAAAAGGCGGAGCUGAAAGAUCCGGCAGGUGUCACGUUGAAUGUGCAGUGUAACGUAGGAGCAGCGGGAACAAGGCGACCUAAGACCUCCAGGAACAGGUCCGGCGAGGCCCACGGCGCGGUGUUGGCGAGGUCAGGAUGCCAGAUGCAGUACCAACAGACGGACAGCACGGGGAACACGCAGAAGAGGGCCAUUUUUGCCUCCAGUCUACUCCAAAACGUCAUUUCCAAAAAGAUGCAGUUUGAGCAGGAGCGCAAGAUGGAGAGAGGAGAGCUCUUCGACAAGUACCCGCCGUCGGUCUCCCCUUGCUCUCUGGAGGGGGGCAGCGACAGGAGUGCGGCCUUGAGGGGCUUUCAAAGGCAGAGCUCAGAAUCCAGCUCGGGUUUCACUCAUUCCGGAGACGAGCCGCCUUCAGAGGGAGGCAGCAGGCCGGCUUCCUGUGAGCCCGUAGAGGAGCAGAAAAGUAGCAAUGCUGCAGAGGACCCCUGCCAGAGGCCCAAAGUGGUCCUCAGCCACAGUCAGAGCAGCGCCUUUAAUUCAUGGAAGGAUAAAAGGGCCGCCAAGGAAGAAUCGGACCGGAGCAACAUGUUGACCAAACUCCUGUUUGUGCCCAGCUGGCAACGUAUCUCCAAGGAGAAGGACGUCGGAGACGCGGCGUAUCAAAAAAGCGAGACGGCGCUCCAAACGGUAAACACGGAAAGCGAAAGCGACAAGGGCACAAAAACACCCGAGAUCAAAAUAUGCCUAAGAAGCGUGAAGGAAAAUAAUGGCGGCUCCUUGAACAUCGCCAGCCCGCUAACCCCCAAAAUAAGCUCCAACGCUGAAAGCACUUUUAGGGCAGCGAGCGGCGCCAAAUAUCACAUCUUGUCCGCGUCUGAUAAGAUCCCGAAUUUUACUGUCAGGGACAUAAGAGACACCAAGGGAAAGUUCCAAACGCCCAUUUAUCGAGUGCGGGACGUGCGCAAACUGGUGAAAAGCUCAUAUCGCUUAGUUUCUCUGGAUAACGGCGACGGUAAAGGCGGCACGGGAGAAGCGGCUGAGAAAGUGGAAGACAAAGCCGAAGACAAGACUAAGACGCAGCCGGUUAAACAGGUGUCGCCUUCUCCCAUUGUCAUUAAAUGCCACUCGGUAAAAACCGACGUUAAGUCGCCCGGCAGAGCGCCACCUGUUGGCACUAAGCAGCCCAAUCCUGAGCAAGCGGAAGCCGACAAACUGUUGAAGCAAAGGCAGGAGAAGUUUGCGGGCGAGGCGGCCGACUGGCGGGCGGAGCCAAGAGUUCCCAAACAGGCGGCGCUGGAGAAGCUGAAAGCCGCCGUUAAGACAAUGGAGCAGCUUUACGUUUUUGACCGCAACGAAUGGAAACGCAAAGCUCAACCGCCGCAGCCGAUCACAGACAGCCAUGUGCUGUCGCUCAUCGCCAGCGAGGAGCAAGGCGCCGAGGAGGAGGAGGAAAACGUCGAGAAGCCGCCGCCGCGCAAAACAUUCAGCAACAAAAGCGUCCUCCAUCUUGGCAACAGCAACAAGGUCAUCAUCAGCUCGGCGGAAAGCUCUGAGGCGCCGCUCUCGGUGAAAAUAGAACCUCCAAAACAAGGGCAGGUGGAGCAAAUGAGUCCCGCUAAUCCCAAUGUCACGCCAAGCGACUCGGGGAACUAUUUAACCAUACCCGGCCUAGGCUACGCCGACGAUAUCAAAGUGACCGACAGGGCGCAGUCAAAGGUGUGCCAACAAGCUGACGCCAAGAGAGUAUUCAUGGCCGAGUACCCGGCUUCUUCUAUCUAUCAUCAGCGUGGUCCACAGACGCAGCAGGUGUUGUGUUUCUCCCCGCCCAUCACCACGCUCUCACCCUCUACAGCAGAAGCAGGUCUACAAACGCAGCGGAAAAUGCUUCUGGACACCACCACCGGACAUUACUACCUGGUGGACACACCCGUACAAGCCUCCACCAAGCGGCUCUUUGACCCAGAGACGGGGCAAUACGUAGACGUGCCCCAUCCCCCGGUGGCGCCCGUCGCCCCCGUGCCGCUCCCCUUGCCGCCCCUCGCCCUCAGCCCGGGAGCCUUCGCACCCACCUAUAUGAUUUACCCGGGAUUCAUCCCCUCGCCCACACUGCUGCCGCAGUCGCCCGUCCCCUCGGAGCCCAGCGAAAAGUCGCUGAAAAACACCAGAAGCGCCAGGCAGGAAGUGAAGGAGAGCCCCUAUUACAGCGCCACAGCCGAGGCCCUGCCCGCGCCCUCCUCGGCCAGAGGGGGCGUGGCCAGCAUGGACAGAAAGCCGAUUAUCAGCAUCACCACACAGCAAGGUCCAAGAAUCAUUGCGCCGCCUUCCUUUGACGGGACAACAAUGAGCUUUGUGGUGGAGCAUCGGUGACCAAGGAGACGUCUCGGUGCACAUAUGUCUGCAGCAAGGACGACGUGCCUUCAAUCAGCAGCAGCCAGCAGAGAGGGUUUUUUUUUUACUGGAGAGAAGGUUCUUAUGUUGAUGGACACGAGCAGAGGGCAGAGAGAAGGUUCUUCUAGUUGACAAACACGAGCAGAGAGAAGGUUCUUCUUCAGGCUUGGCAGCACUUUGAUUUACUGCAGGCUGACGCUUGGUGAGGAAGAUGGAAACUAAAAAAAACUACCAGGGACCAUUUUUCCUUGAAUGAAAGUCACUUAAAGUGCGUCCGCCACACAAGAAAGGCCAAUAUGUGUUCCAAGUGAACGCAUGAGUGCCAGAAUGCUGUUGUCUUCCUGCACUCGUGCAGCUCUCCUCAAUUGGGUGGAGGUGUUUAUUAGAAGUGAACAAGCCUCCACUUUAAGUGUGGUUACUUCCCUGGAAGAGUCUUUGACGUCAGCUCAUUUCUACACUUUUUAAGGCUGGAGUCUGCUACAUGUGUGUACGUGUAUGUGUGUGUGUGUGUGUAUGUAUGUAUGUGUAUGUGUGUACGUGUGUGUGUGUGUGGCCGCACACUUGCAGGGUGCACAGAAGGUUGCUUACAUGUGCAGUUAUGGAGGAUUCAGCAGGAAUUUGCACAAAACAAACAUUUUGUACAAUUCCCCACUAAAUUUGUGACAGACGUGAUUGACAACCAUCACCCAGAAUGUGAUUGACAGCCAUCACCCAGAAUGUGAUUGACAACCAUCACCCAGAAUGUGAUUGACAGCCAUCACCCAGAAUGUUGUUCUAGCAGGUUCCCAACUCCAUGUUGCAAAGGUCAUUGGAGCUGCUGGUCAGUGUGUUUGCCUUCAGCCGUGUGUGGUCUACACACUGCUUGAUGUAAAUGACCCAACAUGUUAUUGUUAACUGUCACUGGACGUAUGAGCAGUACGUCUACACAACAUCUGUAAUGUGAAAUCAUCUAUUGAUAAUUAUGAAGCCUUUGCAUUAGAGAUCCAUCCAUUAUCAAACAGGCUGA